UGGAAAGUUGGGAACUCUUUCCAGUUUCGCGAAUUAUUAAAUUCUCUAUAUUUAUUUCAAUAAGUCUUUUUUAAUUUUAAAGCCAAAAUGGGAGACUCCCUCGACGGGAGUGAAAACGCCCCGGAGGCGCAAAACGUAUCCGUGGUUGAUUUUCAAGACUUCGCAAAUUACCUUCGCCGAGCUGCAACGGUACUUCUGCCGGAGGAUGACAUAGUUCCUCCGGCUCUAAAUGCAGCUCUCGAAGACAAAGUGAACCAAGAUUGCAUAAGGAAAUUCAUCUCAGAUCCCCAAGUGUCCUCUCUGUAUGUGCAGCGGUUUUCGCUAAAAGAAGAUGACAGUGAACAACCCACAGAAGGCGAGGAGGAGAAAGAAGCUGUUACCUAUCAGAUCAGCACUGAGGUUCACUUCACAUCUCCCCGAGUGGCAGCUUUUGUGUGCAUCAAGAGAGGGAUUGUUAUUGAAGCUGACAAGUCCAUCCAUAGUCAGCUCCGACUUAUCAAUCUGUCGGAUGGCUCUCCCUAUGAGACCCUUCAUGCUUUCAUCAGCAAGACUAUGGCACCUUUCUUCAAAAGCUAUGUGAAGGAAAGUGGAAGGGCUGACAGGGAUGGUGACAAAAUGGCUCCUUCUGUUGAGAAGAAAAUUGCAGAGCUUGAAAUGGGCCUGCUCCACCUUCAGCAGAAUAUUGACAUUCCGGAGAUCACCUUACCUGUUCAUCCCCUUGUUGCUGCUGUCAUCAAAAGGGCUGCUGACGAGGGGCGAAAGCCUCGUGUGUCAGACUUUGGUGACAAAGUGGAAGACUCCACAUUCCUCAAUCAACUGCAGAAUGGUGUCAAUCGCUGGAUCAAAGAAAUACAAAAAGUGACCAAACUAGACCGAGACCCAUCUAAUGGUACUGCGCUGCAAGAAAUCUCAUUCUGGCUGAAUCUUGAAAGGGCCUUACAUCGCAUCCAAGAGAAGAGAGAAAGCAUUGAGGUUGCUCUUACCUUGGAUAUCCUCAAAUAUGGCAAGAGAUUUCAUGCAACGGUAUCAUUUGAUACUGAUACUGGGCUGAAACAAGCUUUGGCAACUGUAUCGGAUUACAACCCACUCAUGAAAGACUUUCCCAUCAAUGAUCUACUCAGCGCUACUGAACUGGAGCGAAUACGUUUGGCAGUCCAACAAAUCUUCUCACAUCUCCGAAAGAUCCGGUCAACCAAAUAUCCUAUACAACGAGGGUUGCGUCUGGUUGAAGCUAUAUCUCGCGAUUUGGGACAACAACUUUUGAAGGUACUGGGCACAAGAAGGUUGAUGCAUAUUCCAUUUGAUGAUUUUGAGAAAGUAAUGACCCAGUGCUUUGAGGUGUUCUCAUGUUGGGAUGACGAAUAUGAGAAACUCCAAGGCCUGUUGCGAGAUAUAGUGAAGAAGAAGCGUGACGAGCACCUUAAGAUGGUGUGGCGCGUGUCGCCGUCGCACAAGCGGCUGCAGGCGCGCAUGGAGCACAUGCGCCGCUUCCGACGACACCACGAGCAGCUGCGGACCGUCAUGCUGAGAGUGCUGCGGCCCCGCGCCGCGCCGGCAGCCGACGCAGGCGCCGGCGAGCCGACCCAGCCUCACUCCCUGCCGAUGGACGCCGCCGACGCUAACGCCAUCGCGGAAGUCAACCUCGCGUACGAGAACGUGAAGGAGGUGGACUGUCUGGACAUCUCGCGCGAGGGCUGCGACGCCUGGGAGGCGGCUGUACGGAGAUAUGAGGAUAGAAUUGACCGCGUGGAGACUCGCAUCACGGCCCACCUGCGUGAUCAGCUCGGCACGGCGAAGAACGCGAACGAGAUGUUCCGCAUAUUCUCGCGGUUCAACGCGCUGUUCGUCAGACCGCAUAUACGCGGCGCCAUACGCGAGUACCAGACGCAACUCAUACAACGCGUAAAGGACGAUAUUGAGGCGCUGCAUGAGAAGUUCAAGGUUCAAUAUCCGCAGUCGAAAUGCAGCCGCCUCUCGCUCGUGCGCGAUCUACCACCAGUCGCUGGCUCCAUCAUUUGGGCUAAACAGAUCGACCACCAACUUACUGCGUAUUUGAAACGAGUCGAAGAUGUGCUAGGUAAAGGCUGGGAAAAUCAUAUAGAGGGUCAGAAACUGAAAGCGGAUGGUGACAGCUUCCGUUUAAAGUUGGACACUCAGGAAGUCUUUGAGGAUUGGGCUCGUAAGGUACAGCAACGUAACUUAGGCGUAUCGGGACGUAUAUUCGCUAUCGAGUCUGUGCGCGCCCGCUCCAGCAAGAACUCGUCUAUACUCAAACUGAAAGUCAACUUCUUACCGGAGAUCAUUACUCUGUACAAGGAGGUCCGCAAUCUGAAGAAUUUGGGCUUCAGAGUACCCCUUGCUAUUGUGAACAAAGCGCAUCAAGCCAACCAGCUAUACCCAUUCGCUAUCUCGCUCAUCGAAAGCGUCCGUACUUAUGAGCGUACUCUCGAGAAGCUAAAUAAUAGGAACCAUACUAAGAUCCGAGACAAGGCGUCCAUAAUACCACUGGUGGCGGGCUUGCGUCGCGACGUACUGUUCCAAGUAUCCGAAGGAAUGGCGCUCGUUUGGGAGUCCUAUAAACUCGAUCCGUACGUGCAAAAGCUGAGCGAAGUGGUACUACUAUUCCAAGAGAAGGUGGAAGAUCUCCUAGCGGUAGAAGAACAGAUAUCCGUCGACGCUCGUUCGCUCGAGACGUGCCCGUACUCCGCGCAGAGUCUAGCGGACAUUCUGAGCCGUCUGCAACGGGCUAUUGACGACCUGUCUUUGAGGCAGUACAGCAAUCUACAUCUAUGGGUGCAGCGGCUUGAUGAGGAGGUCGAGAAGAGCCUUGCUGCUCGUCUGGAGGCCGGGAUCGAAGCGUGGACCGCCGCUCUGCUCGGCAAAGCUAAUGAGCUCGAUCUGUCUAUGGACACCUACUCCCCGGCAGAACCUACGCACAAACCCGGUGGAGAACCACAGAUCGCGCGCGUGGUCCACGAGGUGCGCAUCACCAACCAGCAGAUGUAUCUCUUCCCGUCGUUGGAGGAGGCGCGAUUCCAGCUUAUGCGCCAGAUGUUCGCCUGGCAGGCCGUUGUUACUAGCCAGCACCGCCUGCAGAGCACCCGAUAUCAAGUGGGCGUGGCCCGCGCUCAGACCGCUACGUACAGAAACUUGUUAACCAAGCUCCCGCGCGGAUCCUCGCCGCUCGAGAAGGCAUACGACGCCAUCGAACAGAAGAUCUCGCAAGUACGCGAAUACGUCGACGAAUGGCUGCGUUACCAAGCUCUAUGGGAUCUACAGCCAGAGAGUCUGUACGGACGUCUUGGCGAAGACAUAACGCUAUGGAUCAAGUGUCUCAAUGAUAUCAAGAAAUCCCGUACAACUUUCGACACGUCCGACACGCGGCGCGAGUACGGCCCUGUGGUCAUCGACUUCGCUCGCGUACAGAGCAAGGUCGCGCUGAAGUACGACGCGUGGCACAAGGAGGUGCUCGGCAAGUUCGGCGCGCUGCUCGGCGGCGACAUGGUGCAGUUCCACGCGCGCCUCGCCAAGUCCCGCUCGCAGCUGGAGCAGCAGACCAUCGAAGCGGCAUCGACCAGCGAUGCAGUGUCGCUAAUCACCUACGUGCAACAACUGAAGCGAGAGGUUUUGGCUUGGGAGAAACAAGUCGACAUUUACAGAGAAGCUCAGCGUAUUCUGGAAAGACAACGAUUCCAGUUCCCAGCUCAAUGGCUUCAUGUAGACAACAUCGAAGGAGAAUGGAGCGCGUUCAACGAAAUCAUGCGCAGGAAGGAUUCGUCUAUUCAGACUCAAGUUGCAUCCCUGCAACAGAAGAUCGUAGCCGAGGACAAAGCUGUGGAGGCUCGUACGCUCGAGUUCCUUGGUGAAUGGGAGCGCAGCAAGCCCACUGAUGGCUCCACCAGACCAGAAGACGCUUUGGCCAAACUGCAGACCAUGGAGACCAGAUACACUCGCCUCAAGGACGAGAGGGAUAAUGUUGCUAAAGCUAAGGAAGCGCUGGAGUUGCAUGAAACUGGCACGUCAGUUAACAACGAACGCAUGACGGUUGCUCUCGAGGAGCUACAAGACUUGCGCGGUGUCUGGUCCUCCCUCAGCAAAAUAUGGACCCAGAUCGAUGAUAUCCGUGAGAAGCCCUGGUUGUCUGUGCAACCACGUAAACUGAGGCAACAACUGGAAGCUAUGCUCAACGAGCUCAAAGAGCUGCCGGCUCGUCUGCGCAUGUACGACAGCUACGAGUAUGUCCGUAAACUGCUGCAGUCAUACACUAAAGUUAACAUGCUAAUCGUGGAGUUGAAAUCGGACGCACUCAAGGAGCGUCAUUGGCGCCAGCUGUGUCGCGCGCUCAAAGUGGAAUGGACACUCUCUGAACUGACUUUGGGCCAAGUGUGGGACGCUGAUCUACUGCAUAACGAGCAUACGGUGAAAGAUGUCGUCUCCGUCGCCCAGGGAGAGAUGGCUUUGGAGGAGUUCUUGAAACAGGUUCGCGAAGCAUGGCAGAGCUACGAAUUGGAUUUGAUCAACUACCAGAACAAAUGUAAGAUCAUCCGUGGUUGGGACGACCUAUUCAACAAAGUGAAGGAGCAUAUUAACAGCGUCGCUGCUAUGAAACUAUCUCCUUAUUACAAGGUAUUCGAAGAGGAAGCCCUAACCUGGGAAGAGAAGCUCAAUCGUAUAAACGCGUUGUUCGACGUAUGGAUCGACGUGCAGCGCCGCUGGGUCUACUUGGAGGGUAUUUUCAGUGGGUCCGCCGACAUCAAAACACUGUUGCCCGUUGAGACCAGCCGCUUCCAAAGUAUCAGUUCUGAGUUCUUGGGCUUGAUGAAGAAAGUAAGCAAGUCGCCAAUGGUAAUGGACGUGCUUAACAUCCCCGGCGUCCAACGCUCGUUGGAGCGUCUGGCUGAUCUGCUCGGCAAGAUACAGAAGGCCCUCGGUGAAUACUUGGAACGUGAAAGAAGUAGCUUCCCACGAUUCUACUUUGUGGGUGACGAAGAUCUUUUGGAGAUCAUUGGUAACAGCAAGAACAUAGCGCGUCUACAGAAACACUUCAAGAAGAUGUUCGCCGGAGUAGCCGCUAUCAUCCUUAAUGAAGACAACACUAUCAUCAACGGUAUCGCCUCUCGUGAGGGAGAAGAGGUAUACUUCACAUCACCGGUGUCUACGGUCGAGAACCCGAAGAUCAACUCGUGGCUGUCUAUGGUUGAGCGCGAGAUGCGCGUCACUCUGGCGUGCCGUCUCAAGGACGCCGUCGCUGACGUCAAACAAUUCAAGGACGGGAACGUCGAUCCGCAGAAGUUUAUUGAUUGGUGUGAUAAAUAUCAAGCGCAGAUCGUGAUCCUAGCAGUUCAAAUCCUAUGGUCGGAGGACGUGGAAGCGGCGCUGGCAGGGGGCGGUUCGGGCCUCAAGCGUGUGCAGUUGCACGUCGAGAACAUGCUGAACAUCCUCGCCGACUCCGUGCUGCAGGAGCAGCCGCCGCUGCGCCGCCGCAAGCUCGAACAUCUGAUUAACGAAUUCGUCCACAAACGUACGGUGACCCGUCGCUUGAUCGCGUCCGACGUAAACAGUCCGCGAUCCUUCGAAUGGCUCUGCGAAAUGCGAUUCUACUUCGACCCGAGGAACAAUGACGUAUUACAACAACUGACCAUCCACAUGGCGAACGCUAAAUUCCUAUACGGCUUCGAGUACCUGGGAGUCCAAGACCGUCUGGUACAGACUCCCCUGACGGACCGCUGCUAUCUCACCAUGACGCAGGCGCUUGAGGCUAGACUGGGAGGAUCUCCGUUCGGUCCGGCUGGUACCGGCAAAACGGAGUCCGUGAAAGCGUUGGGUAAUCAAUUGGGUCGCUUCGUGCUGGUGUUCAACUGCGACGAAACAUUCGACUUCCAAGCUAUGGGCAGAAUCUUCGUCGGUCUUUGCCAGGUAGGAGCAUGGGGUUGCUUCGACGAGUUCAAUCGUCUGGAGGAGAGGAUGUUGUCCGCCGUGUCGCAACAGGUGCAGACCAUACAAGAGGCGCUGAAGAGCCACCAGGAGGGAGAUAAUACGGCUAAGUCGAUCACAGUCGAGCUAGUGGGCAAACAAGUGCGCGUGAGUCAGGACAUGGCGAUAUUCAUCACCAUGAACCCCGGGUACGCCGGCCGCUCUAACCUGCCCGAUAACCUGAAGAAGCUGUUCCGUAGUUUAGCCAUGACGACCCCGGACAGACAGCUCAUAGCUGAAGUGAUGCUGUUCAGCCAGGGAUUCAGGACUGCGGAGAAACUGGCUUGCAAGAUUGUGCCGUUCUUUAAAUUAUGUGACGAACAACUGUCCAACCAAUCCCACUACGACUUCGGUCUGCGUGCGCUCAAGUCUGUGCUAGUGUCCGCCGGUAACGUGAAACGAGACCGCAUACAGAAGAUUAAGGAAAACCUCAUCGAGCGUGGAACCGAAGUACCGGACGAGGCGUCGAUAGCCGAGUCCCUGCCCGAACAAGACAUCCUCAUUCAGUCGGUGUGCGAGACGAUGGUGCCCAAACUCGUGGCAGAGGACAUACCGCUGCUGUUCUCGCUGCUUAACGACGUGUUCCCCAACGUGGGGUAUACUCGGGCUGAGAUGACCGGCUUGAAGAACGAAAUUCGAGCAGUUUGCGCGGAGGAAUUCCUCGUUUGUGGUGAGGGAGACGAACACGGCAACACAUGGAUGGAAAAGCGGCGUACAGCGGCGUCGCGCGCGCAGCACAGCACGUGGAUAGAGAAGGUGCUCCAACUGUACCAAAUCUGCAAGUUGAACCAUGGACUUAUGAUGGUCGGUCCAUCAGGCAGUGGCAAAUCUACUGCUUGGCGCGUCUUGUUGAAGGCAUUGGAACGUUUCGAAGGAGUAGAGGGCGUGGCUCAUGUUAUCGACCCGAAGGCCAUGUCCAAGGAAACCCUGUAUGGUGUGCUGGAUCCCAACACCCGAGAAUGGACGGACGGUCUCUUUACGCAUGUGCUAAGAAAAAUCAUCGACAACGUCCGCGGCGAGAUCAACAAGCGUCAAUGGAUCAUAUUUGACGGCGACGUGGACCCGGAGUGGGUGGAGAACCUCAACUCCGUUCUGGACGACAACAAGCUGCUGACGCUGCCCAACGGCGAGCGACUGUCGCUGCCGCCCAACGUGCGCGUCAUGUUCGAGGUUCAAGAUCUGAAAUACGCGACGCUUGCCACCGUGUCUCGCUGUGGCAUGGUGUGGUUCUCACAAGACGUGCUAACCACGGAAAUGAUCUUCGAGAACUACUUGCUCAGACUGAGGAAUAUCCCAUUGGAGGACGGAGAAGAAGACUCGUUCAGUAUUGUGAUGGCGGCUCCCACUGCGGGCGGGGAUCAAAAUGCUGUUGAGAACAUACUGUCACCAGCGUUACAGACGCAACGCGAUGUAGCCGCGAUUCUCCAACCGCUGUUCUACGGAGACGGUCUGGUAGUCAAGUGUUUGGAGCGCGCCGUGUCCCUAGACCAUAUUAUGGACUUCACCCGCCAUCGUGCGCUCUCGUCGCUACACUCUAUGCUUAACCGUGGUGUCAGGAACAUCCUGGCAUACAACCGCCAACACCCCGACUUCCCGAUCACGAACGAACAGUUAGAGGCCUACGUACCGAAAUGGCUCGUGUAUUCCCUGCUGUGGUCGUUCGCGGGUGACGCUAAGUUAAAGGAUCGUAAUGAGUUGGGUGACUUCAUAAGAUCAGCGAGCACAAUGCAGCUACCUAACUGCGGACCUAACCAGCACAUAAUCGAUUUUGAGGUAUCAAUGACCGGCGAAUGGGUGCCGUGGUCGGCGAAGGUGCCGCAGAUCGAGGUGGAGACCCAUAAGGUUGCGGCGCCCGAUGUGGUCGUGCCAACACUCGAUACCGUGCGACACGAGGCCUUGUUAUACACGUGGUUGGCUGAGCAUAAGCCUCUCGUCCUCUGCGGUCCGCCGGGUUCGGGUAAAACGAUGACGCUGUUCUCGGCGCUGCGAGCCCUGCCAGACAUGGAGGUAGUGGGCCUCAACUUUUCGUCCGCCACCACGCCCGAGCUGCUCCUCAAGACUUUCGACCACUACUGCGAGUACCGCAAGACUCCUAAUGGCGUCGUGCUGGCGCCAGUGCAGCUGGGCAAAUGGCUAGUAUUAUUCUGCGACGAGAUCAACUUGCCGGACAUGGAUCAGUACGGCACGCAGAGAGUCAUCUCCUUCCUCCGACAGCUACUCGAACAUAAAGGAUUCUACAGAGCAAGUGAUCACUCAUGGGUGCAUCUCGAGCGUAUCCAAUUCGUGGGAGCGUGCAACCCGCCCACCGACCCCGGCCGCAAGCCACUAUCGCACCGUUUACUGCGCCACGUUCCCGUCAUAUACGUCGACUACCCCGGAGAGACGUCGCUCGAACAGAUCUACGGUACAUUCACGCGUGCAAUGCUGCGUAUGCAGCCCGCGUUGCGUGGCUACGCGGAACCGCUCACGCAAGCUAUGGUGCGGUUGUAUCUGGCGUCGCAGGAGCGAUUCACGCAGGACAUGCAGCCGCACUACGUGUACUCGCCGCGUGAGAUGACGAGAUGGGUGCGCGGUAUAUGCGAGGCCAUCAGGCCGCUAGAUAACUUGAGCGUCGAAGGACUGGUCAGGCUGUGGGCGCACGAGGCACUUCGUCUGUUCCAGGACAGACUUGUUGAAGACUCCGAGCGGCAGUGGACCGAUGAGAACAUUGAUAACGUGGCUAUGAGGUUCUUCCCAGGCAUCAACAGAGAACAGGCGCUCGCUCGACCCAUUCUAUACAGUAACUGGCUCAGCAAGGACUAUGUACCAGUCCAGAGAGAUCAACUCAGAGAAUACGUGAAAGCCAGGCUAAAGGUAUUCUACGAGGAGGAACUAGAUGUGCCUCUAGUGUUGUUUGAUGAAGUGUUGGACCACGUGCUCCGCAUCGACCGUAUCUUCCGCCAGCCUCAAGGUCAUCUCCUGCUGAUCGGUGUCUCCGGCGCCGGCAAGACCACGCUCAGUCGAUUCGUCGCCUGGAUGAACGGACUCAGCAUUUUCCAGAUUAAGGUGCACAAUAAAUACACGGGCGCCGAUUUCGACGAAGACCUCCGUUCGGUGCUACGCCGCGCCGGCUGUCGCGACGAGAAGGUGGCGUUUAUACUCGACGAGUCCAACGUCCUCGACAGCGGAUUCCUCGAGAGAAUGAACACGCUGCUGGCUAAUGGAGAGGUACCCGGUCUAUUUGAAGGUGAUGAGUUUGCGGCUCUUAUGACUCAGUGCAAAGAGGGCGCUCAGAGGGAGGGCUUGAUGCUAGAUUCCAACGACGAACUUUAUAAAUGGUUCACUGGUCAGGUGAUGCGAAACCUGCAUGUGGUGUUUACGAUGAACCCGUCGUCCGAGGGCCUGAAGGACCGCGCCGCGACGUCGCCCGCUCUCUUCAACAGAUGCGUACUCAAUUGGUUCGGUGAUUGGAGCGAUGGAGCGCUUUUCCAAGUGGGCAAAGAGUUCACGUCGCGUAUGGACCUGGACUCCUCCGAUUACGUCCCACCAGCGGACUUCCCCGCCACUUGCGGCGAGAUAUCCGCUCGCCCGGGCCAACGCGACGCCGUAGUCAACGCGUGCGUGUACGUGCAUCAGACGCUGCACCGUGCGAACGCGCGAUUGGCUAAACGCGCGAACCGCACCAUGGCCAUUACGCCCAGACACUACUUGGACUUCAUCCAACAAAUGGUCAAGCUCUAUUCUGAAAAACGAGCGGAUUUGGAGGAGCAACAACUGCAUUUGAACGUCGGCUUGGGAAAGAUCGCCGAGACUGUGGAGCAAGUCGAGGAAAUGCAAAAGAGUCUCGCCGUCAAAUCGCAGGAACUCCAAGCCAAGAACGAGGCCGCUAACGCUAAACUACGUCAAAUGGUCAAAGAUCAACAGGAAGCCGAAAAGAAGAAAGUGGAAAGCCAAGAAAUUCAGGUUGCUCUAGAAAAACAAACUAAAGAAAUCGAAGCUAAACGUAGAGAUGUCAUGGCCGACCUAGACCAAGUGGAGCCGGCUGUCAUCGAGGCGCAAAACGCGGUGAAAUCUAUAAAGAAGCAGCACCUGGUGGAAGUGCGCGCGAUGGGCAACCCGCCCGCCACCGUGAAGGUCGCGCUAGAGUCGAUCUGCCUGCUGCUGGGCGAGAACGCGACCGACUGGAAGGCGAUCCGCGCGGUCAUCAUGCGCGAGAACUUCAUCAACAGCAUCGUCUCCAACUUCUCCACGGAGGACAUCACUGACGAUGUGAGAGAGAAGAUGAAGAGUCGGUACUUGAGUAACCCCGACUACAACUUCGAGAAAGUGAACCGAGCCAGUAUGGCCUGCGGUCCUAUGGUCAAAUGGGCGAUCGCACAGAUUGAAUACGCCGACAUGUUGAAACGUGUGGAGCCGUUACGUAACGAACUGAAGGCGCUCGAAGAUCAGGCGCAACACAAUGUAAAAGCUGGUGAUGAGGUUCGGGAGCUCAUAGCGCAGUUGGAGAAAUCCAUUGCCUCGUACAAGGAGGAGUAUGCCCAGCUCAUCAGCCAAGCCCAGGCUAUAAAGGCUGACCUCGAGAAUGUACAAGCUAAGGUGGAUAGGUCCAUAGCGCUGCUCAAGAGCUUAGUAAUCGAGCGCGAGCGAUGGGAGUCGAGCUCAGAGACGUUCCGCUCGCAAAUGAGCACCAUCGUCGGUGACGUGCUACUGUCCGCUGCGUUCAUCGCGUACGGUGGAUACUUCGACCAGCACUACCGUCAAAACCUGUUCGCGACGUGGACGAGCCACCUGGCAGCGGCAAAUAUCAAGUUCCGCGCGGACAUCGCGCGGACGGAAUACCUCAGUAACCCGGACGAGCGGCUGCGUUGGCAGGCUAAUGCGUUACCUACAGAUGAGCUGUGCGUGGAGAAUGCUAUCAUGCUGAAGCGCUUCAACCGUUACCCGCUCAUCAUCGACCCAUCGGGCCAGGCGACGGAGUUCAUAAUGCGAGAGUUCAAGGAGCGCAAGAUCACUAAAACCUCCUUCCUCGACGACUCCUUCCGCAAGAAUCUCGAGUCCGCUCUACGGUUCGGCAAUCCUCUGCUGGUUCAGGACGUGGAGAACUACGACCCGAUCCUCAACCCGGUGCUGAACCGCGAGCUGCGGCGCACCGGUGGCCGCGUGCUCAUCACGCUCGGCGACCAGGAUAUAGAUCUCAGCCCCUCCUUCGUCAUCUUCCUUAGCACGAGGGACCCGACGGUGGAGUUCCCGCCGGACAUGUGCUCUCGCGUGACAUUCGUGAACUUCACGGUAACGCGGUCGUCGCUACAGUCGCAGUGUCUGCACCGCGUGCUCAAGGCCGAGCGGCCAGACAUCGAUGCGAAACGCUCCGAUCUGCUCAAACUUCAGGGUGAAUUCCAUCUUCGACUGAGACAGCUUGAGAAGUCACUGCUUCAGGCCCUCAAUGACGCUAAAGGAAAGAUCUUAGACGAUGAUUCUGUUAUCGCUACACUUGAAACUCUAAAGAAAGAAGCCGACGACAUUGGAAGAAAGGUGGAAGAAACUGACAAGGUUAUUGGUGAGAUUGAAACAGUCAGUCAACAGUAUCUGCCACUCUCUCAAGCGUGCAGCAGCAUCUACUUCACCAUGGAGUCCCUCCACCAAGUCCACUUCCUAUACCAGUACUCGCUCAAGAUGUUCCUCGAUAUAUUCAGCACGGUGCUCGUAUGUCCCGCGCUCAACGGACAGACGGACUACACCAGCAGACUCAAGACUAUUACUGAGGAGCUGUUUAUUGCGGUGUACGAGCGCGUAGCCCGCGGCAUGCUGCACACCGACCGGCUGACGUUCGCGCUGCUGCUGUGCCGCAUCCAGCUGAAGGGCAUAGGCGCAGAGGACACGUUGGAGCAGCAGUUCGGUGUGUUCCUGCGCGGCCGCGAGGGCUUCCAGGUGUCAACGCCGCCUGUCGAGCCGCUGUCGCAGCAACAGCACGAGGCUGCUGCUAGGCUUAGCUCCAGACUCGUGGCGUUCCGUCGUCUCGUGGAGAAGGCGUGUGCGCUACCGGAAUUGGGGGCGUGGCUGUCGCAGGCCGCGCCCGAGCAGUGCGUCCCGACGCUGUGGGACGCCGAGCCCGCCUCGCCGCCCGCGCCACACACGCUCGCCAUGUACCGCCUGCUGCUUAUACAAGCGUUCCGUCCAGACCGCGUCAUAGCGGCGGCGUCGCAACUAGUAUCGUCUGUGCUGGGCGGGGCGUUCAUGUCGCGCGCCGAGACGGAGCUCGAGUUGUCGACUAUUACAGAGCAUCAACUAAACGCUACCACGCCCGCGCUGCUGUGCUCGGUGCCUGGAUAUGAUGCCAGCGGUCGUGUGGAUGAUAUGGCAACUGAACUAAACAAGCCACUGUCGAGCAUCGCCAUCGGUUCCGCUGAAGGCUUCAACCAAGCCGAGAGAGCUAUAAAUAACGCCUGCAAGACUGGAAGAUGGGUGAUGCUGAAAAACGUGCACCUGGCGCCUGUGUGGCUGGUGCAGCUGGAGAAGAAGCUGCACUCUCUGCAGCCGCACCCCGCCUUCCGUCUAUUCCUCACCACGGAGAUCAGCCCCAAGCUGCCAGUCAACCUGCUGCGCGCCGGCCGCGUGCUAGUCUUCGAGCCCCCGCCUGGCAUCCGCGCGAACCUCCUGCGUACUUUCGCCACGGUACCAGCUGCCCGCAUGAUGAAACCGCCGUCGGAGCGCGCAAGGCUCUAUUUCCUGUUGGCCUGGUUCCACGGUAUCGUGCAAGAGCGGCUGCGGUACGUGCCGCUCGGCUGGGCUAAAUACUACGAGUUCAACGAGUCGGACCUCCGCGUCGCCUGCGACACGCUCGAUACGUGGAUCGAUGCUACCGCCAUGGGUCGCACGAACUUGCCCCCGGAGAAGGUGCCAUGGGAGGCGCUAGUGACGCUCCUUUCGCAGAGCAUAUACGGCGGCAAGAUCGACAACGUGUUCGACCAGCGCCUACUACACUCAUUCCUGUGCAAGCUGUUCACGCCUAAGUCAUUCGAGGCCGACUUCCCGCUCGUGGUUAAUGUUGAUGGGGCUUCGGGCAACCAGCGUCACAUCACGAUGCCGGACGGCAACCGGCGCGACCACUUCCUCAAGUGGAUCGAGGAGCUCUCCGACCGGCAGACACCCUCGUGGCUGGGUCUGCCCAACAACGCUGAGAAGGUGUUGCUGACGACACAAGGCAGCGACCUCGUGUCUAAACUACUGAAGAUGCAGCAACUUGAAGACGAGGAGGAGCUCGCGUACAACGCCGCCACACAAGACCACGAUCCACACUCGAUUGUAGUCGUUGGCGACGGCAGACCCGCUUGGAUGAAGAUUCUGCAGCAGACCGCAACCAACUGGCUACAGAUUCUACCGCAAGAGUUGCCUACCCUGCGUCGCACUGUGGAGAACAUCAAGGACCCGCUGUACCGGUUCUUCGAGCGCGAGGUGGCGGCCGGCGCGGCGCUGCUGCAGCAGGUGCUGCACGACCUGCGCAGCGUGCUCGCUAUAUGCCAGGGCGAGAUGAAGCAGACAAACGAGACGCGCGCUAUGGUGGGCGCGCUAGUCCGGGGCAUGCUGCCGGCGGGCUGGCGGCGGUACGCGGUGGCGCGCGGCUGCACCGUGCAGCAGUGGGUCGACGACUUCGCCAGACGCGGCACGCAGCUCGCACAGGUGUCUGCUGCCGUGGCUGACCGACGCUUGCAGAGUAUACCAGUGUGGCUCGGUGGGCUACUCAACCCGGAGGCGUACAUCACCGCGACCCGACAGUGCGUCGCGCAGGCCAACUCCUGGUCACUAGAGGAGUUGAACCUUCAGGUGACGAUCCCCGACCCGGGUACGCCGACGGAGAACGCUCAGACGGAGUGGUCGUUCUCUGUGACGGGGCUGAAGCUGCAGGGCGCCACGGUGAAGGGCAACCGGCUGCUACUCACCAACACCAUCAUGGUGGAUCUGCCGCUUACUGUGCUUACGUGGGUCCGUGGCGAGGACACAUCGAGCGCGGGUCAGACGCUGACGCUGCCGGUGUACCUCAACAGCGCGCGCUCCGAGCUGCUCUUCACCGUGCGGCUGCCCAUCGCGCCCGCACAGGACCCGCACGCCUUCUACGAGCGUGGUGUCGCGUUACUCACCUCUACUGCACUCAACUAAUCCCAAACUACGUUAUUAUGUAAUCCAUAGCUAUAUUUAUUGCAAUAAAUUAUAUCAAUGUUAUUCAAGGUUACUUCCCACACGGGGAAAUAAACCUUAAUAUUUAUUUAAAUUCAAUGUAAUAAGCAUAAUUCAAUAAUAAAGCAAAUUAUUCGCUU